UUCACUCAGAGCCCAUAGGACACGGAGACUUUACUCUGCUUUUCACCAUGGAAAUAACUUUCCCCACUUACUCUGUCGCCAUGUGAUCGAUCCUCAGAGAAUUUACCUCUUUUAGUUUCUAAGAAGAUGUGGAGUUACAGCUACUUAAGGAUGCACCAGAUCCUCUACAGUUAGACCCGGUUCCAGUCACCUUUUUCUAACCAAAGAACUGAAGCUCCUCCAUCAUGAGCCUCAGCUCCAGCUCGUUGACGGAAGCGGAGCAAUAUGUCGACAGUCGCUCUCUGGUGUCUCUGGACUCCAGCGUCUUCUUCAGCGAGACGACGGCAUCGUGCGUCCGAGACCCGCUCGACUUCUUCAUCAUUAAUGUUGGGGGAAGUCGCUAUGUUCUGUCUCAGGAGAUGCUGGCAUUGUAUCCGGAGACACGUCUGGGGAAACUGGCCUGUUGCAGCCGCGACUCAGCGCUGGAACUCUGCGACGACGCAGACUUUCUGGAGAACGAGUUCUUCUUCGAUCGAAGCUCUCAGACCUUCCAGUAUGUGAUGAAUUACUACCGGACCGGUCACCUUCACGUCAUGGAGGAGCUGUGUGAGAUCUCGUUUCUGCAGGAGAUUGAAUACUGGGGCAUUGACGAGAUCCGCAUCAACCCCUGUUGCCGGGAGCGCUACUAUCGCCGCAAGGAGCAGAAGGACACGUUGGACGUAAAGAAAGACUUUGAGGUUGACGAUGGAGAUGAAGACUUUGUGGGAGCCGCCUGCCCUGCUCUCCGUCGGCGCCUUUGGGACCUUCUGGAGAAACCUGAAUCGUCUCGUGCUGCUCGUACCUUCGGGUCACUGUCAAUCUUCUUUGUUGUGGUGUCGGUGGCGAACAUGGUGCUCAUCUCUCUGGACUUCGGUGAUGAUUCUGGUGCCAGUAUCAGCGCUCCGAUGCUGUUCGACACUCUGGAGUAUGUCUGCGUGGUUUGGUUCACAGGUGAGCUGGCACUUCGGUUUGUCUGCGUCAGAGACAAAUGCCGCUUCAGUCGCAGUAUUAUCAACGUCAUCGACUUGCUCGCCAUCCUGCCGUUCUACGUGACGCUGGCGGUGGAGAGUCUCCACGGAGGAUCCACCGAGCUGGAGAACAUGGGUCGUGUGGUGCAGGUUCUGCGACUGCUGAGGUCUCUGCGUAUGCUGAAGCUGGGACGACACCUGACAGGUCUGAAGUCUCUGGGGAUGACCAUCGCUCAAUGCUACGAGGAAGUCGGUCUCCUCCUCCUGUUCCUUGGCGUGGGCAUCUCCAUCUUCGCCACUGUGGUCUUUGCUCUGGAACACGACCUCCCAGCCACCACCUUCACCAGCGUACCGGCCGCCUGGUGGUGGGCGACCACCUCCAUGACCACAGUGGGCUACGGUGACAUUCGGCCUGACACCACUGUAGGGAAGGUGCUGGCGUUCCUCUGCAUCCUGUCCGGGAUCCUGAUCCUGGCGCUGCCCAUCGCCAUCAUCAAUGACCGCUUUUCCGCCUGCUACUUCACCCUGAAGAUGAAGGAGGCGGCUGUGCGGCAUGGCGAGAUGCUGAAGAGGCUGGCGAGGGGUUCAAUGGGCGAUGUGGGGGAGGGAGGUAUUGGGGGAGGGGUUAACCUGAGGGACGCCUACGCCAGGAGCGUCCUGGAGAUGCUGAAGCUGCAGGGACGAGAGAGAGCGAGUACGAGGAGCAGCGGAGGAGAUGAACUGUGGUGGUGAAGAACCAAGGUGGACCAUCAAGACCUGGACCAGGACUCUGAUACCUUUUCACACACAUGAAAACAUAUGAACACAGACUGGGCAUCCCACAGGGUGUACACAAGGGUAUUUUUACAUUUCACAGGAGGUUUUCUCAGAGGUCUAAGCACCAGCAUCGUUGGAACCCUCAUAUUUUUGGGGGGGAUUCAAUCCUGUCUCACAGAAAUUAAAUUCAUAUACAACCAAACUGCAAAUACAGUUGUAAAUAGUCUUAGAUGUAAAAAAGGUGGCAUUACAUUUAUUCCCAACAUAUCAUAUAUAAUGUCAAAAUUCAGGACAAGCUGGGGUUUGCAUCCCAACUCUUGUGAUUUUAACCAUAAAAGCACUUUGGUUGAAGUAAAAACCAAGUACUUUUCUCUAUUUAAACCAAGAUUCUCUAUUUAACCAAAACUAAGUGUCUUUCUCUAAACCAAACCAAAUGCUAUCAGUGCAUAAAACUAACCACAAAAAGUUUCAUAAUACCAGUAAAAGUGCUUGUUUGGGUUCAG